AUGACUGAUCAUGUUUUAUCAUUUUCAUCACCUAUACCACCAUUACUUGAAACAAAAUCGGAUCAUUGCAGACUCCGGAUUCGUUUCAAUCAAUUAUCAAGAGAACGGCGAUUGUUGACGUGUCUUCUAGUUCUAUUUGCUAUUAUUAUGUGUGGAUUACUUAUUGGUAUUUUUAUUCUAUCAUUGACAUUUCAAGGACGAGCUCCGAUUGUCUAUCGAGAAAUAAAUACAACUAAUAUUGGUACCAGUUACGGAGUCUUACACCAGAAUGAUCGGCAAUUGUUAUCAACUGUCGUCGAUAUUAAUACAACUAUAACAGCACAGAUCAUUGACACAACAUUGAUAACAACAACUAUUGAAUUGACGACAAGCACUGAAAAGCAACUUGCUCGUUAUGGUGAAUCAUGCGAUUAUGAUAAUGGUUGUGAGAGUCCAUUCAUAUGUCAUAAAAAAAGUUCAUCAUCGCCAGGCAUGUGUCGUUGUCCGAUGGAUUAUGAUUUCAAAAGAGAUAAAUGCGUUGGCGAUCUAAAUGCAUUGUGCACAAAAGAUAUCGAUUGUCAACAGUAUAUGCUUUGUUCGGGUAUGAAUGAUGGAACACGUCGAUGCCAAUGCCAGAAACAUUUUGAUUACGAUAAUGACAAAAGACAAUGUCGUGGUGAUUAUCAAGCUCCAUGUGAAAGUAAUAUUGAUUGUCGAACAAAUCUCGUGUGUAACAAAACAGUAACACCAUCAGUUUGUUCAUGUGAACUUUUUUAUCAAUAUCAUCCGGCAAUACGUAAGUGUCGAGGUGAUCCAGGUGCAGUCUGUGAUCGAGCAACGGCUGAAUGUGUCGAUAAUGCUGAAUGCCGUGAUGGAGCAUGUGAAUGUUCAAAACAAUUUGUGCCUGAUGAAAAUAAAACAUGCGUUGAUCCAUGUCCACUACAAACACCAAAUCCUUCACGAAUUCGUUAUCCGGGUAAUUGUCGAAAAUUUAUUGACUGUCAACAAAAAUCGAAAACUGAAUGUCCUGAACCGACAAUGUUCAAUUUACGUAAACAACUUUGUGACUAUCCCAAAGAUGUGCUCGAUUGUCGAUAA